AUGAACUGGCUGCAAUCGCUCGCGGGACACAGCUCAAACAAGACCGAGGAGACUGCUAAGUCGGUCAAGAAAGCGUACCGCGGUCGCAUUCGGCAUUUCCUGGAUUUAGCAGCCCGUGACGAAUUACUAAGGUCCAAACUUCAAAGAUCGGGCAUCGUUGGUGAGGAUGAACUUGGAGAGCUGUUCGAAUGGGGGAAACAGGCCGCCACUGAAAUCGCCCACCUCAGGGACUCGCUGAACGAGACGAUUAAUGAGAGGAACUAUCGUGUUGGCGAGCUUGAGAAAGAGAAAGCGACUCUCUACCAGCAGAUUACAGGUCUCUCGGAUCAACUUGACAGAAGGAAUGCGGAGUUGGAGCAGACUACAAGAAGGCUAGAGGCCAAACAGGCAGAGAUGGAUCAAGCUGUGCGGAAGCAUUACGAACAAAUCGAUAAACUCGUUCUCGACCACUCUCGCGACCUUGGGAUUCUCGAGACCAGGCUGAACAAUGAGAAGCGGCAUCUGCAGGCACAGCUGCUGGUCUCGGGCGACAAGAGCCAGGCCUGGCCCGACGAGAAGCUGCGAAUGCAGUUCCGCGAGCUUUGUCGCAUUGUUGACAAUGCCACGGCGACUAUUGCGACAACAAUCGAUAUCUCCUCGCAAGUGCUGAGCCAUCAUCUUGACCCGGACGACUCGCUGAGCCUGGUGAAGGGGAGGCCGCAUUUCUGGCUCAGGUGGCGAGUCUGGUCAGUCCUCCAAGCGGGAUUCUUUUCUCUUCCAUUCGGAUUUGGCGCUUUUGGGCCCGACAGAGGGGCAGCUGAGAUUACAGCGUUAUACCGCGCAUGGAGGAGCAGACUUGAUGAAUCGAAAGACCCUGACCUAGAUAUCUUCCACAGCAACGAGGUGGCGAAUCGCUGGCGCUCCAUUACCUUUCAGACGCUGGCUGUUGCUGCUACCGAUGGAGGCUCUGGAAGUCUCAUCCAGCUGGGCCACAACAACGUUACCCAUGUGACGGAGCAGGUCAUAUCUCUGCUCGCGGUCAUCGCAGGCACUCAGCUACAGGGCGGACUGCAGGGCGAAAUGCGGACAGCAGCAGGCCUGGCCUAUGAGCUGGCGCUGCAGUUUGGCGUCAACCCUGCUAGACUGGUGCUACUGACUGCGCAACGCAGCCAGGCGGUGGUGAUCGGCGGGAGCAAUGGCUUCAUCGACUGCGAGGACGGAGAGGAGAGGAGGGAUGCAGUAAUCGAGGGACUCAGAGAGAAGGCAGACAGUCUCCUUGCUCUGUCUGAGAGGUGUAGGAGCGUUGGUCCUCAGAAUCCCGCCAUCUUUACAGCACGUUCAAGAGACAUGAAAGGUCUCUGGUAUGUCCCCACUCGAGGCAUCAAGCCGGGUAUUGGGGUCGUUGUCUGGCUCUGGCUGGCUACGACUGUGAUUACUAUUGUCACUGCCUGCUCCAUUGGGAGUGUACCCUCUUCUUGGAGAAUUACGCGGUUGCUUCACGCAGGAAUGGCGUUGCUUUGCCUAUACUUGCUCCUCCACUGCCUUGACCUCACCGUACAGCAAGCAGGGACUGCGGUGACAUAUAACUACAUCGUCUUUCAGAGUUUGAACACUGUCUGGAGAACACUAUCUGAUGUUUUCAUGUUGUGCGGUUGCUGGUUGAACCUCCUACGACAUCAAACACCCAAGGUCGCCGUUUGGAGGAGUGACUUAGUCAUUGCUGGCAUGCUCUGGGCUUUGGGCCUGUACAAGCUGGGUCUUCAGUUCGCCCUAGUCUUCGCAUGGCUCGACUUCGUCGACAUCAAAAUAAUAGAUUCCAUAGCGGCAGCCCGAAGCGGGUUUGAUGUUGCUUUUGCAGCUCUCUCCUUUGCCACCAUGCUCCUUAUCAUGGUGGAAUUGGUGCCAGAGCAGGGCAAGAAAUUUCUCUCGCCUCAAGAACCUUUCAAACACGGGGAUAACGCAGACAUGCAACGGUGCUUGGAACAAUUCAGAGAGGAAACUCAUAUGGCUGGCUGGGCCACUUACUGCCUUUUGGUACGAGCAUUCUGCGAAGUCGUUAUUGUCGGUCAACUUGAUCGGGCGCCAAAAGGAAUUCUAAACAUCUACAGAGCUCAAGACGUUUGCUAUAGUCUGUUCAGUCUUCUUCUUGUGAUUUUCAUUGCGUGCUCUAUCCCGAGUGGCUCCGCAAAUGAUCCGGAUCCAUGGGAGUUGGAAAGAAAGAUUUCUGCGCACUUGGCAGAGGAGCAGAGAAGAUUGGAUGAAGCCCUCCAAAUCACUCUGCAGAGCUCUCUAGAUGGCUGGCCUGAAGAAGCAGACAGACUGUUCAAAGAGAGACUCGCAACUGUGACCGAGUCUGGGACGAGAUCAGCCCCUGUGGUCACAGCUGUUCUUGACGCUCUCCGUGACCAGGUUCGACAAGAAGGGUCGGACGAGAGGCUGCUACAGGGAAAGCUGGACCACUUGACAAGAAUGGGACAAGAUCUCGAGGAUUGGGUUCCUGUGUACAAAUGGGACGGGCACUCCAGCGACGAUCACGUUGCUGGAGAAGAAAAGACUUGA